CCGAACGCCUAGGGAAGGCAGUCCUACAAGAGCGCUUUGGCGUUUCCUCUUCCUCCUCUAGUAGAAAACCAUUUUCGCUUCCGGCCCCCAACUUCCGGUCCAUCUCGUUUGUCCCUCCGACAGAAAAAUCGGUGGUGCGGUCGGCUAGAGUGUUUCAGUUCCCGCCGGGGUCGGCCUCGCCCGAGUCAGUGAAGCUCCCGGGGCUGGGGCCGCGCGGCCCGAGGGCGGCGCCCUCACUGCCACUAUGGCCCGAAAUGCAGAAAAGGCCAUGACGGCCUUAGCAAGAUUUCGCCAAGCUCAACUGGAAGAGGGAAAAGUGAAGGAAAGAAGACCCUUCCUUGCCUCAGAAUGUACUGAGCUGCCCAAAGCUGAGAAGUGGAGACGACAAAUCAUUGGAGAGAUCUCUAAAAAAGUGGCUCAAAUUCAGAAUGCUGGUUUAGGUGAAUUCCGAAUUCGGGACCUGAAUGAUGAAAUUAACAAACUGCUAAGAGAGAAAGGACACUGGGAAGUCCGGAUAAAGGAGUUGGGUGGUCCCGAUUAUGGAAAAGUUGGCCCUAAAAUGCUGGAUCAUGAAGGGAAAGAAGUCCCCGGAAAUCGAGGUUACAAGUACUUUGGAGCAGCCAAAGAUUUGCCUGGUGUUAGAGAGCUAUUUGAAAAAGAACCUCUUCCCCCUCCAAGAAAGACACGCGCUGAGCUCAUGAAAGCAAUCGAUUUUGAAUACUACGGUUACCUUGAUGAAGAUGAUGGUGUCAUCGUGCCUUUGGAACAGGAAUAUGAAAAGAAAUUCAGGGCCGGAUUGGUGGAAAAGUGGAAAGCUGAGAGAGAGGCCCGGCUGGCAAGAGGAGAAAAGGAGGAGGAGGAGGAAGAGGAGGAAGAGAUCAACAUCUAUGCUGUCACCGAGGAAGAGUCUGACGAGGAAGGCAGCCAGGAGAAAGGAGGUGAAGACGGGCAGCAGAAGUUCAUCGCCCAUGUCCCAGUGCCAUCACAGCAAGAGAUCGAGGAGGCCCUUGUGCGAAGGAAGAAGAUGGAACUCCUCCAGAAGUACGCCAGUGAGACCCUGCAGGCCCAGAGUGAAGAGGCCAAAAGACUUCUGGGGUAUUAGGGCUGAGCCGGGACCUGUGCAGGGUCUGGAAAUCUGUCAGGGGACCAUCAUCCCCCGCUGGCCCUUGCCACAGGGCUCUGCUGUCCUGGGACUGCAGACGGGCAGGCUGGCGCUGUGAGUCCUGGGGCCUCUUCUGCCACCUUCUCUUACCCUGGCCCCUGUCCCUCCCUGGCAGACUGUGCACUUCAGCUGUCACUUUUGUACACAUGUUUUGCUUUUGUAGGAACCCACUUAUUUUUAUCUUGAGUGUGUAAAACAGGCUGCUAGCUGGGUGCUUGCGUUUUAUUUAGCUUUCUCCUGUCACUCGCGGGGGCGGGGGGAGGUCAAUUUAUGACUACCGUUAAAAAGAUAUACUGCUACCUCCUCUUGAAAAAUGAGACUGUGUCAACUCGGCCCACAGUCCCAUGUGUCAGCCACCAGCUAGAGCUGUUCCUUUUGGGUCGGCUACUGCUCGCAGUUCUCCGUGGCCUGCCCAGCCUGCCUCAUUCCCUCCUGCCCAGGUGGCAGGACUUUCAGUUUGGUACUUCCGUUUUAUGACAGGUUCUGAAGAGAGCUAUUUUUAUUAAAGAUUUUUAUAUGGAAGGGCAA